AUGGCGCGAAAGCGUCUAACAAGCUGGAGGUCCCCUACGCGUGCGCGCGCAGGUUGCUUUUUAUCGAUUCGCCGGAGGCGUACCAUGCAAAACAGACGAAUGCAAAUGAAGUAAAAAGGGGCUGGCCCGUGGAACGUUCCCCGGGAGCAGGAAAAAGGCGCUGUUUGGAGCCGCGUAAUAGCUGCAAAAAAAGAGAAGGCAACGCCGAACAGGUUGGUUGGAAAAGCGAGUCAGCCUAUUCAAGCGGGGGGUGUUAAUGCAUAAAAAUAGAGAGGGAAAUCGAUGGAAAAUAUUGCACAGAGCGGUAGAUUUUUUUUUUGAAAAUAAUAGGAAGCGGGAGGCAGAUCACCAGCUUGCUUGCAGGCUCAGAUGUUCAGGAUCAAGGAAUUAAGGAAGUGGGCUGGAGGGGCUUAAGUGGCCCGGUCGCGCAGGGUGAUUCAGAUCAAGAGCUCAGCCCCAGAAGAGCCAGGGGUGGGUCUUGGGAAAUAAUGCGCGCCGGUUGAUUGACGGAUUGUCACCAUAUUUUUAGUUUAUAUUACGAUUAGCAAGGUUUGGUCGCGCUGGGGGGUCGGCAUCACCACGGUGGCUGAGGAAUCCGAACUUCCCCGGAGCCGGGUUUCUAUCUGCGGGACCACAGUGGGGCGGAAAUGGUGUCUCGAGGGCAUGUGACGAAUGCCUUUCACCGCAGCUGGUUUGAAACAGUCCUCCGGGCCAGAUAAAUGUUGGUGAAGUUCGGUAGGUAAAGCACAGGCAAAACCCGGCAGAAAGACCAGCGUGAUGAUUGCAGCAGGAGCUUUUUCAUUGGGUGCAUAAAACGCCCCCUUGUGUGAACAUAACAGCAAUGGUUUGUUGUGUGUGCUUGUACAUAAGAAUUGUGAACAUCGGGGCCAUAAAGGCAGUGAUGGGCAAGAGUUACGGCUUGUGACAUUUCUGUGUUUGUUUCAUUUCGGUACCUUUUGGCCACCAUGUUUACAAUUCCUGUUCCUGUGCAUGUAUAUCUGAGCAGCAUUGGGUGCCAGCCUGUUUGGGCAUCUGCCAAGCCCAGGAAGGGUCCCCCUGCCAAUCUUCUGCUCCUCUUCCUUGUCCUCUCCCUCGUGGGAAUGGGACCCAGAGAAGAGGGGAGUAGCCACAGGCUUCCCUGUUGUGGCUUCAUAAAGGUCUGAGGGAAGGCAGAAGGAGGGCCUGACCUAGUACAGCCAGGGAGUAAAUACUACCGGCUCCUGACAGAGCCGCCAGUGGCUUAAGAGAUCUGUUGGGGCAGCCAACCCUGCUUCCCCGGGGUUCCUUAAGUCUGCCAUCAACCUGAGAGGACUUUGCAUCAUUUGAUUUAGUAUUUUAAAAUUGCAUCCUGCAAUUUGGCAGAAAGGCAGUCCGUGGCACAAAGGUGUGCCCACUCAGACAGAACAGCCCCAUUGGCUGUGCCUGGCCUGAACGCCCCCUGCCCCCCCCAAAGCAGGAAGUGGUACUACAACUUUCCAUACAUACGACCAAGUGGGCUCUCAAUGGCUUCUGCUGCAAUAAUUUUUUUGCUUUGUACCUGUAUAAGGUGCCACAAAACUCUUAUUAUUUGCCAUAGUAAGACAUGUAGUUCUGAAGCCUGUGCUUGAAGAAUCAUAGACUUGUAAAGUUGGAAGGGACCCUGAGGAUCAUCUAGUCCCAACCCCUGCAAUGCAACUGUCUCGUAUGGGGAUCGAACCUGCAACCUUGGUGUUAUCAGCACCACACGCUAACCAACUGAGCUAUCCAGAAUGAGGCAUCUUCUUGCUGUAGAAGUCAUCUGCAAUGAUCCCCAGUGACACUUCGGCUUCCUUGUUUAGGUGAUUGUGUGA